UGCCUGUCAUGUUCGGGAUUUUUUAGCACAUUCUAUCUCCGUUCUCCUCACACACAUAACAAAAGGCAGGAGAAAAAUUGUAAAUUCUUACGGAUUUCCCGGACAUUUUCCUGUCAUUUUCCAGAGCAAUAAGUGCUGCGGAAAAGCAAGUAAAUCCAUAUAGGACAUAGGAUCCGAUCUGAGGAACCCCGAGGACAUCGCCAUGGUGACCCCCCAAUCGCCGACGCCCAUGUUCAAUGGUCUGGACGAUGAUCUGUACAAUGAGGCCAAGUUCGCCCACGAAAUCAACGACAGGAUGCGGGUUCCCAAGCGGAUUAAGGCCACCGGCGAGUUCUCCGACGAGGACCUGCUGCUGUCCAACCAGAACGGGAUGAUCAGCUCCUGGAACUACCACGACAAGAUCGACAUGAAUGUGCCAGACCGAAUUGUGGUCCUCGGACACAACCAGCACCUGGAGACGCGCUCGGCGCCUCGGGAAAUCCAGCUGGAGAACUCCAUUCUGCCCAAGAACCCCUCGAUCGGCUUGGUGCGCGUCCAGACGCCGCCGCGCGUCAUCACCCUCACCGAUCACCACUUCCCCUCGGCCUCCGAGGAGAGCUCGCCCAUCCGGGCCAACGGUCACCACCUGUAUGGCCACGAUCUCGACGAGGACGCCGAUGACGAGGAGGGCCACGCGGCCACCCAGUAUGUGCGCGCCAAUGGUGUCGCCCGCAUGGGAUUCCACACAAACGACACCCACUCCGUGGAGUCCGACUCCCAGUUGACCACGGGCAGCGCCAGCAAACGCUCGCAGUUGAACCAGCAGCACAACAACCUGGAUGCCUCGAUGUUGGCGCAUCGCGAGGGCACGCCCAUGGGCGAGCUGACGCCCCACGAGGAGAUCCUGUAUCUGAGGCGCCAGCUGGCCAAGCUGAAUCGCCGGGUGCUCAACAUCGAGAUAAACAACGAGCAGCGCACGCAGCGGGAGAAGAUCGUCUACUGUCUGGGCCUGGCCUACUUCGUACUCAAGACAAUAUUCUGGCUGAAUCGCAAUUAGGUGUGUGGGUCAGGCUGCUGAGAUGGUCGGAGAUCUUCGGUGGGUGCUAGGAUGACCACCACCUUGCUACGGACACCCUUUUGGAACACAGCUUCUUUCGUUUCUUGACUUCGUUUCUUUUGUGGAAAGGCUCUGAGAGAGACUUUGUUUUUUGUUUGCCAUACAUAACUUCGUAGUCUAAGCUCGAUAAUAAAUAAGCGCAACACCGUUCUGUUUUGUACACCGUGGAAAACCAAGAAACAAAGGCCCCAUACUUAAUUUGUAAGAUCUGGCACCACUUAAGGAGCAUGUAUCUAAAUUUAAGCUUUAAUCUCAACCCGCGACCGAAUCAUCACUCCAUUGCAUUGAAAAGAUAUUGUUUAAAGGGUUGUUUCUAUUGUAUAUCUGUUAACAUUUGAUAAUCUAAUCCCAAAGUGAAGACAAGAACUCUGAUGGUAUUUGUAUGCGAUAAUCCCAUACGAUAAAUAGUUAAAUAUAUAAUAGUUCACUAAAUCCCACAGAAGUCAUUGCAUUGAUUUUUGCAUAACUACCGGAAACGAAAGAAAUCAUUUUAGAGUGUAGCAUGAAUCACUAUUGAAUUCAUAAUGAUAUUUAAAAUAAAACGUUUAAAGUACCAAGAA